AUGACUAAUGACUAUGGAUCUAGUAGUGGUACCCCUUAUAGUGGAAGUUACUUGCAACGCAAGCAAGGAAAUGGUAAGGGUCAACAAAUUGCCGAUGCUCUGAAACUAAAUGUUCUGGAUACUUUUUCAUCAGUGAAAUACCCCCCAAAUCGAAUUCAAUCACUUGAUCGUGAAUAUGAAAUAUCUCUUAAGCAAUUCUGGUGUUAUAUACUUAAGUUCUGGGGUUAUGAAUUAGAUAUUUUGGAUGAAGAUAUCAAAUAUCGGAAGCAUUUUGUUGUUUCAUCUGAUGUGGCAGAAAGAUCACCAGCAGUUACUAAAGACAUACCUGCUCCAAAACGUAGAUACUGGGGGUUGGUAGGAGGAGACGGUGGACAGUCAGAUUCGGGACCACUGAAAAGAGAAGAAGACAUUCAGAAUCUGACUGGUGAAAGUUAUAUACCAAUAUCUAUCCCCGAUCAAUACAGAUACACGUAUGUUAAUUAUUAUCAAGCAAUUAAUCAAUUGAGUAAGGACUAUGGAGAUGAAUCUUGUGAUGAGCUUUUGGAUCUAGUUGAACAACUUCAAUACAAUGGAACUGUCGAAUGUCGUCCCAAUAAUCAUAUACAUCCAGCAUAUGCACAGUACAAGCCCAAAGAUUUCCAUAAAACUUAUUGGGUCACUCAAAGAAAUGAUCUUUUGGAUAAUUGGUUUCUUAAGGCUUUAAGGGCUAGAAAGUCCAACACUGAAAAUUGCUUGCAAAUGUUCACUGCUGACCUUCAUUGGAGAGGGAAUGUUUUCACUCCAAACAAAUGGGUAUUGGAAGGAGAUGCACCAGCGUUUAUUGACGGAUCAGAAAAAGGUUUUAUCAAGAAUUUAACAUCUCAGAAAAGUUGGAUGAGAGGUACUGAUGUUAAUGGAAAUCUCUUGUAUAUCUUUAGAUCCGAUCAUCAUUUCCCAGGAGAUGCAAAUCAAGAAGAAAUGAGGAAAUGGUGUAUUUUACAUGUUGAAUGGAUCCGUUUAUUGUUAAAGGAGGUUCUGACUGGUUUGGAUACUGUGACCGUCUUAUUUGAUCUUACUGGGUUUUCGAUGAAAAAUAAUGACUAUCAUACUAUGAAGUUUGUAGCAGAAGUUUUCGAAGCACAUCAACCAGAAUGUUUGGCUAAAGUCUUGAUUUAUAAUCCACCAUGGAUUUUCCCUACUCUUUACAAUAUCAUUAAAGGAUGGCUUGAUCCAGAUGUUGCAAAAAAGAUCACGUUCAUCAAUUCUUUUAAGGAUUUAACUAAUCAUAUCCCUGUUGAUAGUAUCCCAAGUUUUAUGGGAGGAAAUGACGAAUUUUCAGGUGAAUAUGUUGAACCAACAAAGGAAGACAUUAAUCCACCAAAGGAAAAGAAUUCAAAAUAUUGGCAAUUACUUAAAGAAAGACACAUUUUGAAUUUAAAAUUCUUUGAACGUACAAAACGAUGGAUUGAAACUACCGAUCCUGCAAUGAGUGCCAAAUAUUUGAAGGAUAAAAUCGAUUUAGAUAUUUUGUUAGCUCAAAAUUAUUGUGCAAUUGACCCUUACAUUAGAUCUAGAGGAUUCUAUGAUAGACUUGGAACUAUGGAACUUGGCAUUUAG